GCAAAUGAAACAUCUUGACUUGCCAAAGGAAGUACCUGGAGGAAGUCAUUCUUUGCUGUAAAGAUUAAUUUCAUAUCACUUUCAACAAUUUUCUAAAAGAAAGACUGUUUGUGGAAGGAUUACGCUAGGAUUUAAGUUUACAUCCAAGACUGCUUUGCACUUCUCUGUCUAACCUGGAACUUAAAUAUGACCACGAUACCGCCUUCAGAUGUAGCCUGUAGUAAUUCCAGUACUCCUUAUUCCACUGAAGUCACGGCUCUGUUUGCCACCGCAAUGACACUCAUCAUGUUCUUCACCAUCUUUGGGAACAUCCUGGUGAUCAUUGCCGUCCUGACGUGUCACUCUUUGCGAGGACCUCAGAACCUGUUCCUGGUGUCCCUGGCCGCGGCGGACAUCCUGGUGGCCACACUGAUCAUCCCAUUCUCCUUGGCCAAUGAACUGAUGGGCUGCUGGUACUUUGAGGCCUUUUGGUGUGAGAUCAUCUUAGCUCUGGAUGUGCUCUUCUGCACAUCUUCCAUCAUACACCUGUGCGCUAUCAGCCUGGACCGCUACCUGUCCAUCUCCCGGCCGGUGCAAUAUGCGUCCCAACGCACCCCUUACAAGAUCAAGGGGGCCAUAUGGGUGGUGUGGGUCAUCUCUGCCAUCAUCUCUUUCCCCCCGCUGGUCUCCAUGAAAAAGACCCAGCGGCUGAAGCAUGGGGCCGGCCUGCAGUGCAAACUCAACGAGGACGUCUGGUACAUCCUGUACUCCUCCAUCGGGUCGUUCUUUGCCCCGUGCCUCAUAAUGAUCCUGGUGUACAUUCGCAUCUACCAGAUUGCCAAGAAGCACAGUAGAUGUCCUCCAGGAGAGCUAAGAAAAGACUGUGGAGGCUGCGUCUCUAUGGGACGGGAGCUGCAGAACGGGAAAACUCAGGGAGGUGUUGACCCUGCAAAUGUCUCAAAUGUUCCCAAUCUGGCUGCUUCCAGAUCUGACACCAUAAACCAGGCUCAACCAGCAGUAGAGAGCCGGCAGCAGAUGACACUCUCAAGGAGGUGCAAGGACAAUGAGGACAGUUCAAGCUCUGGCUCUGAUGUUGAGGUAGUUGAGGGACAUAAUUCUAACAGGACAACCUCUAACAUUGGGGCACUGGAGCCUGGCUACCAGACGUCCUCACCAACUCAAACGUACCGAAACUUUAAAGCAACAUUAAAGGGCAGCCAGCUGGCCUUUUCCGACAUGAAACCAAGAGGAACACUGAACACCAGGAGGAAAACCAUGAUCGUCCGCGAGAAGCGCUUCACAUUCGUCCUAGCGGUCGUCAUUGGGGUUUUUGUCGUCUGCUGGUUCCCGUUCUUCUUCAGCUACAGCUUGCAGGCCAUCUGUCCAAAGGCUUGUGAACUGCCAAAGUCACUUUUUAAGUUCUUCUUCUGGAUUGGCUACUGCAACAGUGCCCUGAACCCACUCAUCUACACCAUCUUUAACAGGGACUUUCGUAAAGCCUUCAAAACGAUUCUGUGUAAAAGGUGUAAGGACUGUUCUUUUUGAAAGCAGACAACCCUGAAAAAGUUUUAUACCAUAAAGUGACAUUUGUUUCUUCCAAAGGUGAAGCUUACAAAAACUGUCAGGCUCAUUUCACUCCAGUAUUUCAUGAUAAAAAAGGCCUUUUAAGCCAGAUUCCCAUUAUUGUGUUUUACUUCUGAGAAUUGAUGAUGAUGAUGAUGAUGAUGAUGAUAAUAAUACAUUUACACACACAUACAUUUACACACACGCACACCCAUAUAUAAAUGAAUAUAUUAUGAACUUUUUGUGUAAUUUCUUCCUUUUAAUUUCAGUACUUUUUUCUAUAUAAAGAAUAAGAUUGGAAAUUGCACCUUCACUGAAAUACCACAAUCUCUGUGAGGGAACUAAUACUAACAGCAAAGAUAAUUUGACAAUUUGUUUUCCUUGCCAAAGAAACUAGACAUUUUUCAUGUAAAUCAAUGUUCAGUAUUGCAUGUUCAGUAUUGCCUUCGUGUCUUCAUAAAUGUCUUUGUAAGGCAGUGUUUUGGAAAGAGCAUGUUUAGUGUUUUUUUUUUGGUUUUUUUUGCCAUUUAAUUGUCAUGUCAAAAUAAUGCCGAAAAACAAAAACAAAGAAAAACAAAAUAGAACCAAUUUCUUUUGAUUUUGGAGUAAAAAAAAAUAAAAAUAACCUGGACUCUUUUUUGAGAGAAUUUAAAAUUCUUCAAGGAUAAAUACAUAUCUGAGAAUCACACAGUGAUUUCCUCUGUAUCCAGACUUAACUGCUAUUUACUAUUCUCUUUUGAUGACUAUCAUUUCAUCUGCGUUUCCCUUUCCUGAACUGAGCUGAUAUAUCGGCACACAUUCCGUUAAUUUUUGUGUUUCAUCAGCUGAGGUGCCUCAUCAAAUGUGAGAAACUCUCAUAAGAUUUUGCCGGUGUCUCUGCAGAGACUCUCUGGCCUCCAGGAUGUUGCUUGUGACCUUUCCAGUGUACUUUCAAAGACAAUGUGGCUCUUUCUCAGAGACACUUCUGGCUCCGCUGCAUUGUGAGAUCACAGAGCUGGAUAUGAGAAGAUUUCAGAGAGCUUCACCUCUCUGGGAAAGUAUCAGAACUCUUAAAUCCCAAGCAAAUGAAAGAUGUACAGCUUUAUCUAGCUUUAAAAUGGAAUCCAAUCACUCUCUGUUUAGAUUAAACGCAUGAUUUUGAUUGACAUUUUUGCUGGUUUUCAUAUUUUAACCAAUUGAAUGGCAUGGAUUUCCUGGAUAAGAGUCUGCUUGGUCUCUGUGAUCACUUAAUUUGAUGGGUUCUGAUUGAAAGUAAUGGGCGAUUUGUAUGCAGGCUGAUGCUUUGGGCUAUCAGAACCUGUCCCAGUAAAUGAAUUGUGCACUCAUUAAUGCCUCUUGAUAAGACUUUUAUUAUUUUUUGAGCUGUCAUAAGAAGGCUUGUGCAGUUUAAUUUAGCUUCUAAAUGAUAUUGGUGAUUGUGUGAGUGCAGAUAAGUGAAGCUAGGCUUGUGUUCAGCAUGUCUUUGACAAUAAAACUGCUUCAACCAAAUUUGGUUCCAUUAAGCGUCCUGCUGAAAUGAGCUGAUGUAAGGCAAAUGUAUGCGUGAAAAUAGAUUUACAUUUAAAUCAUCUGCAUCUUUUGCUUUUUCAGCAACAGGUGUGCAAUUUGCUAAUAUAUCAUUGUAGAUUGUGUUCACAUAUUGGUGUUUUAUAGUUAAUUUAUAUGAUGUUAUGGUUAUUGAUAUAUACUGUACAGUGCCCUCC